AGGAUAGGAGGUCUCCAAAUACGGUAUGCAAAAGGUAGCCAAACAAAUGUGUGUCAGAAAUAAAAUAAGGCUUUCAGCAGAGAAAUGCAUAAAUGAGUUUCAGCUAAACAGAUUAGGAAACUGGUGGCUAAGUGGGGAUAUAUUCAAGGCAGUAAAUUGUUAGAGAAGGAGGAGUGGUUAUAUGGGGCCAGAAAGACAGGUCAUUAAAAUUAAUAGAAUUAGGAUGAACCAGAAUAAAAAGUAAAUGUUUGAGUGAAUGGAAAGGUGAUUGUGAAAAUGCAGAAAAAUCAGCAUAAAAAUAUUUUGACAUCCAAAUGGAGGAGUUGAAACUGGAUUUAAAAAUGCAAGAAAAGGCAGUCUGGAAUGGAUCAACUCUGUUAACAAGCAGUAACGAAGACUAUUUUACAACUCAGGACAACUCAGAAAGCAACAUUAAGGAUUUUACUGCUGAUGUAUGGUAGAUUGGCCUCUGGUAAAUCCCAGAAAACAUUCAAUUAGGCAAUGGCUUCAGAAGACAGUGAUUCCACCCAUCCAAAGAGAGGAUCACUACCUCUCCACCAGAGCUCCCAGCCUACAGAUAUGGCACCCAGACCAUUACUGCCUUUGCAGAGUAUUGAAGGAAAAGCUCCCUUCCCACCAUCCCGGAGAAGCUCCAUUAUGAGCAUCCUUAAUGCCCCGUUUUUGAGUAGAAGAAAUUCAUUGGCUGCUGGAGGAAGGCGCCUUUCUAUUGGACCCUGGAUGCAUUGUGGGCGAGUGAGUUUUUCUGGGCUACCGCUCUUUGAACCCAUUCAGGAGAUACACUAUGAGAACACCUAUAAGACCCAGCCAGAUAAAGAUUGCAGAUUUAAUUCCUCGCACACACAGCAGAUUCUUGAGUCCGUUCUGGCCAGCUUCUUCAGUGAUGUCAAAUAUAAUCCUGCAAAUAGUGGGCAGUUGGUCCAAAACUUGUCAGACCUUGUCAGGAGCAGGGUCAAAGAUCUAACCCCACCACGCUACAAACUUGUGUGUAAUGUCUUUCUGGGCCAGUUGGCCAACCAAGGGUUGCACAUUGCUAGUCGGUCCCUCUGGGAUGUGGCGAAUGAUAGCUUUGCUUCAGCCACUUACACAAAUUCAUCGCUUUUUGCUGUAGUCACAGUUCAUGGAUUAUAUUAUGAAUGAAUAAGGCUUCUAAAGAUUAACUUCCUUCUCUCCUAAUUUUAUCUUGCUAGAGAUUAAGAUCGGUCAGAACUGGGGAUGUAUCUGGACAUAGUUUAAAGUAAGAAUAUUUAUAUGUGCUAAAAUCAUAGAGCAGCAAAGGAUAAAACUAGGAAAUCUGCCCCAGUGGGAACUAGUGGUCAACAUAUCUUCUUAAGGAUUCUUUUGUUCUAUUGGCAGAUAGAAUUGUUUGGUUCUACAGUAUUACUUACGCCUUUGCUUGUACAAAAGAUUAUGUAACUUUCUUUUUGGGAAGAAAAAUAAACCCAUUGCUCUUCCUUGAAGAAAGAGGAUAUUUCAAAAGCAGAUUAUGCUAAAGGUGCCCAUAAUAUGGCUGUAGAAGUAUUUGCUGGGUUUGAGACAUAUAUUGCAAGUGAAAGACCAAAAUAUCAAAAGCCUCUGCAUGCGCCAAGACUUUUAAAAACCUUGAGAAGGUUUGAGACAUGGAAGCACACUUUCUUCUCACUGCAUUUUAUGUCAAUGUAAUAUUUUCCAUUGAGGUCAAAAAUCUAAUACUGUAAACACCAGUGUGGGGAAUCCCAAACACAUUCUUGACUUAACUCUUGAAAAGGUAUAUUUUAACUGAUUAGCUUUACUGCUUUGAAUUAAAAAGUACAAUAUAUCCAAAUAUUAAUAAUAAUGGGAGUUAUGCUUUAACACAUUGGAUGAACACUAAUUUAGGGAAAGCUAUGGAUCAAAACAAGGCUCAGUGGCUAAGACACUGAGCUUGUUGAUCAGAAAGGUCGGCAGUUCAGUGAUUCGAAUU